GAGAAGAAGAAGAACAGAGAGAGAAGAAGAACAGAGACAGAAGAAGAACAACAGAGAGACAGACAGAGAGAGAGAGAAGAAGAAGAACAGAGAGACAGACAGAGAGAGAAGAAGAAGAACACACACACACACAGAGAGAAGAAGAAGAACAGAGACAGACAGAGAGAGAAGAAGAAGAACAGAGAGACAGACAGACAGGGAGAGAGAGAGAGAAGAAGAAGAAGAACAGAGAGAGAGUGGGGGUGGUUAUGAAUACUCAAACAACACAUACCAAGACCAAAACAAUUUGGUUCUGGUACAUCAUGACACAGACUAGAGACCUUCAGGCUGGACCAUUGAUGCGAAUGGGUGUCCCCAGGGUACUAAAUAGAGUUUCACAAGAGCAUUAUGGGUACAGCCUCAUCUUUAGUAAGUCCCGGAGAUGUGAUCGAGGAUGGGUACGGGGCUGAGGGUGGAGAAGCUUGUGAGAUUCCAGUGGAAGUGAAGCCAAAAGCACGCUUGGUACGCAGCUCAUUCCGACGUGGCCCACGGGUCAUCGGUGCCAGCUUCAAAUCCACAGGCUCUGUGGAGCUGGAAUACGCCGCUGAAUAUGAUCGUCUCCGGAAGGACUAUGAGAUCUUCCGUGUCAGCAAGAACAACGAGAUAGCAGCCAUGCAGAAGAAGGAGGCCAAGCUGGAUGAGGAGAACAAGAGGCUACGUGCCGAGCUGCAGGCCUUGCAAAAGACCUACCAGAAGAUUCUCAGAGAGAAGGAAAGUGCUUUGGAGGCAAAAUACCAGGCUAUGGAGAGAGCAGCUACCUUUGAACAUGACCGAGACAAAGUGAAACGGCAGUUUAAGAUCUUCCGUGAGACCAAAGAAAAGGAAAUUCAGGAUUUGUUAAGGGCAAAGCGUGAUCUGGAGUCCAAACUGCAGCAGCUGCAGGCUCAGGGUAUCCAGCUGUAUGAGCCUGUUGACUCCGACUCUGAUGACAAUCACACAAGUGUUACUACUGCAGGAACUCAGUGUGAGUACUGGAGUGGAGGCAUUCUGGGUAGUGAGCCUUCCAUGGGGAGUAUGAUGCAGCUACAGCAGGGUCACAGAGGGCCCGAGUUUGCCCACAGUCUCAUCGAUGUGGAGGGACCAUUCGCCAAUGUCAGCAGAGAUGAUUGGGAUGCAGCAGUGGCAAGCCUGCUGCAAGUUUCUCCUCAUGUGUCUCAGGCUUUAUGGAGUAACACAGUUCGCUGUUAUCUCAUCUACACCCAAGAGACCAGAGCAGAACUGCAUGCCUUUAUACAGACAUAUUCUCCUGGUUUGAAGAGGUUUUGUGAGAAUUUGGGCCAUUUCUACAUAACUGUGUGUUUCCCUGAGGAAAAAGCUGCUCUGUACGCUACUGAACGCCAGCUGGAGCUUGAGAGGAGCUCAGUGUGUGUGCUGCUGCUCAAGUCCUCGGUAUCCAGUUGUGUAGUGGAAGAUGUGGAGGAGGCAUUUGUACGCACUCCCGACUCUCGUCCUUUGCUAGUUUAUCUAAAUACGGGAGAAAAGAAAGUAGAGUGUGAGGGGACUUCCUGUCUGAGCUCGGCCACCAGAGACCUGCUGGAGAAAGUUAACAAUGCAGACAAGGCCGCUAAGGUUAAGGUGGUGGACCACUCUGGCUCUGCAGAGGAGGGAGCAGCACUUAUUUAUGCUCAACUAGAAAAGAUUAUAAAGCAGGAACUGUUGGGUUUGGAGCUGGAGGACAGCACAGGACUGGAGGAUAGAGAAGAAUCAGACUCUGGCGAUGUGCUGUGGGAUUUACAUGAUGAACAGGAGCAGACUGAGGCCUAUCAGCACAUUUGCAGUGCUUCAGCUAGUCUCAGCUUUCAGAAGUACAUUGAUGGUCUGAAUGAUAUGGUUGCUGCUCCUCCCCCAACUCCUCCUUUACUAGUGUCAGGAGGACCAGGCUCGGGCAAAUCUCUCCUUCUUGCUAAAUGGAUAGAGCUACAGCAGAAGCACUCCCCCACCACACUGAUUCUCUAUCACUUUGUGGGUCCUGCUCUAUCCACCAGUGCAGAGCCUGUCCUCAUCAUCAAACGCCUCACUGUGAAGCUUUUGCAGCAUUUCUGGUCACUUUCAGGCUUGUCCAUCGACCCCUAUAAGAUCCUGGAGGAAUUUCCUCGCUGGUUGGAGAGACUGUCCUCACGCCAUCAUGGGAACAUCAUUAUUGUCAUUGACUCCAUUGACCAAAUCCAAAAUGCAGAGCGACAUAUGAAGUGGCUGAUUGAUCCACUUCCUGCUAACGUCAGAGUUCUGGUGUCUGUCAAUGUCGAGUCAUGCCCACAGGCUUGGAGGCUGUGGCCCACUUUACACCUGGACCCUCUCAAUCCACGAGAAGUGAAAAAUAUCCUCAACACAGAGUGUGUGAACAUUGACAUAAAGCCCACAAAAGAACAGGAGAAGAAAUUAGAAAGACACUGCCGUUCUGCUUCUACAUGCAAUGCGCUGUACGUCUCACUGCUGGCCAGACUCCUUACUCACACUAGAUCAUCCUGGACAUUGGACAGAAUGCUACAUCAGAGUGUGUUAUGUCAGGACACCGUGGCUUUGUACAGACUCAGCCUGAAGGUGGUACUGGAUUCACUUAACACAGACAGAGAAAGGCAUGUCAUGAGAGAAUUAUUGGGCCUGCUCUGUGCCAGUCAUAAUGGCGUUAGUGAAUCUGAACUCUUGGAUAUUUUUCCAGAGCUGCGUUUCCCCGCGCUCUCCUCUCUGCUCUACAGUCUGCAAAAACUCCUCAUCAUCACCUUCAGCUGCGGCCUUGUCCAAUUCCACCACCCACAGGCGUGUGAGGCUGUAAUGCAGGAGUUCCUCAAUGGAGGGAGAUGUUGCUCGUUGUACAGAGCGAAACUUAUUCAAUAUUUCAACCAGAAGCUUAGUGAGAACACAGUGACGUGGCGUGUUGCUGAUGAGUUGCCAUGGUUGCUGCAGCAGCAGGGGGACAAGAGUGAACUACAGCUCUGUCUGCUCAACCUGUUUGUCUCCCAGAAUCUCUACAAGAGGGGUCAUUUCUCGGAGCUGCUGGCAUACUGGCAGUUCGUUGGGAAGGAUAAAGUGUCCAUGGCAGCUGAAUAUUGUGAUGCUCUGAAGGAGUUUGAGCGGAACUGUGAGAAUGAAGAAAGCAUGAGCAGACUAGCCAACCUGUAUGAGACCCUCGGCCGAUUCCUUAAAGACCUGGGGCUCCUCAGUCAGGCAGUUGCACCCCUGCAGCGUGCUCUAGAGAUUCGUGAGACAGCUCUGGAUCCAGAUCAUCCCAGUGUGGCCCAGUCACUGCACCAGCUGGCUGGAGUUUACGUUCACUGGAGAAAGUUCGGCAACGCAGAGCAACUGUACAAGCAGGCACUGGAGAUCAGUGAGAAUGCAUAUGGAGCUGAGCACUUAAGUGUGGCAAGAGAACUCGACUCCCUCUCACUCCUCUACCAGAAGCAAAACAAGUAUGAGCAGGCUGAGAAGCUACAUAAGAGAUCAGUCAAGAUCAGGCAGAAAAUGGCUCGGCAAAAAGGCCACAUGUAUGGGUUCACUCUACUGCGUCGACGAGCGCUGCAGUUGGAAGAGGUGACUCUCAGUAAAGACUCAGCCGACUGUGCCAAGACUCUCAACGAACUCGGUGUCCUCUACUACCUCCAGAACAACCUUGAUGCAGCGAAGGUCUUCUUGAUGCGUUCGUUGGAGAUGCGGCAGCGCGUGUUGGGCGCUGAUCACCCGGACUGUGCUCAGUCUCUGAAUAACCUGGCGGCCCUGCACUGUGAGAGGAGGGAUUACGAGAGUGCUGAGCAGCUGUAUGAAAAAGCACUGGAAAUCCGCAAACAAGCCCUCGCUCCAGACCACCCAUCUCUCGCCUAUACCCUCAAACAUCUUGCCAUGCUCUACAAACGCAGGGGUAAGAUGGAGAAGGCAGUGCCUCUCUAUGAAUUGGCUCUUGAGAUCCGAGAGAAGAGCUUUGGGCCCAAACACCCGAGUGUGGCUACAGCUCUUGUUAACCUCGCUGUGCUCUACUGCCAGCUGAAGAAACACAACGAGGCAUUACCAUUGUAUGAGCGGGCUCUCAGAGUGUACGAGGACAGCCUCGGGCGACUGCACCCUCGAGUAGGAGAGACUCUAAAAAAUCUGGCGGUGCUCAGUUACGAGGAAGGGGAUUUUGAGAAAGCAGCUGAGCUGUACAAACGAGCCAUGGAGAUCAAGGAGGCUGAAACGUCUUUGGUGUGUGAGAAAGCACCGUCUCCUCACUCAUCCAGCGGCGAUACAUUCAGCUUGCGAAGCCCUACCCUCCUACCUCGCACCUCCAGGUGACCUUUGAUGACCUCUGACACCUCCAUCUGUCCUCAUAAAAACCAGGCAAAAAACACUUGUGUAAUAAACCAAAGCAAAGCUCUGGUCCAAGCAAUAUGGGAGGAUUUCUGCCCUAAGGGAAAUAACACAUGGACAUUUUUGUCAGGUAUUGGACGUUGUCAGUCCUGCAUACUGCUGUAGAUAGUAUUAUUUUUAAUGUGUUAUUUUUCAAAAGCUUUGUAUUCAGAGAUGGUAUUUUUUUUGGUUUCAGUCAACUUUAUUGUAAAAAAAACAACAAAAAACUGAAUAUGUGAGUGUAAAUCAGCUUUAGGAAAGCAAUACAGUCUUCUCGUGUACAACACUACAGAUUUCGACUUGACACAGUGCUACAUGUGAAAAGAUCAUUAGGAAGUGAAUGAUGGACUGGAACAUAAAUAAUGUGCCUUACUGAAAAUCUAAUGUAGGAACAUGUGCAUAGAUCUGUGGUCAGAGCCAUAUGUGUACAAGCAAAGCUGCUGCUUCAAAGUGUUUGAACUAAAUGUUUGAAAUGUGGCAAUCAGUGACUGUAAAUUUCAAACAUUUAGUACAGUUCUAAAUGACUCGGAGUCUACAUAGCAAUGGAGAAUCAACAUACCUGUAAAGCCAUUUAUGCUUAAAAUUCCACAGUAUUUCAACUACGUCUUAAAUAUCUUUAUUAGCAUCUUAUUGUAACACAACAGGGAUGUUUUGGUGUUAUUUAAAAACGAAAAUUAGCAAACCUUUUCUUCUUUCUUUGUCAUUCCCAGAUGGUAUUAACAUUCUUGCCUGAUUGUGUGGUUUUUUUUUUUUUUUUCACUUUUACAUCGCACUCCUUUUCUUUCUUUCUUUUUUACUCUAAAACUGUACCAAACAAAUACACUAAUCUUGCUUCAGAUGUUAAAAAGAAUGUUUCAUCUUUAUGCCUUUUGGAGAUCAGUUCAUCUGCUACUCAUUUAACGAUUCACAGUAACAGAAAUUUUGACCAGAGGUGCCCAAACUUUUGCAUGCCACUGUACACUGUUAAAAUAAUGGUACACGCAUAUAUACGAAUUCUUAUAUAGGGCAAAUGUGUGUUCAUGUUAAGUUCAUGUCAUGAGUGUAUGCAAGGCCCUAGAGAGAAACAGUAUCAUGUUACAGUAUCAUCGAAACUUUCUGCCAUGAGAAAGAGAAAACGUAAAAUUUUACUAUUUGUUUUGAUGUGUUUUGAUAUUUGUGCUUUAUUUUAUAAUGAUGAGUACUUAAACACUAAUGAUAUUUUUUUAAAUUACUUUUAUUAAUACAGUUUAUAAAAAUGACUGAAUAUUAAACAAUAUCUUUUUAAACCAAAAA